AUGCGUUCUUCCUUAUCUUGCUCACCCAUCAUAGUCCUCAGACUUCUCUUCAGAAUAUUUAAUGUAAGAAAAUAAGUAUUGUGCAGUUAUAAUAAACUUGUUACAGAAUUAGCAAUAACUGGUUAAUGUUAAGUUAGAUUUAUAAUAGUAAAAAUAAUAAAUCGUACCUAUUUUUGA